AUGCGAAAGUUUUUCACAAGGUCCAUUCAAACGAUGUCUCGAAAAUUAUCUGACCUUCCAGUAAGUUCAACCUUUACGGAGAACUUGACGCCCGAUCCAGUCGUUCCAACGGUUGAUGCGUUGAAACAUGCGAGUGAUGAAAUGCUACACAUGCCUCGCAAAGUUAACGAUGGCGCUCUGUUCACAUACAUGACUCCAUCGAUGAAAGCAGAGUCGAAAUUACUAGCUUAUAGUCCUUCUUGCAUGAAGUCGCUUGGGUUAGACGAAAGUGAAGCAGAGACAGACGCCUUUCAAAAGCUAGUUGUGGGCAAGGAUAUCGAUGUUGACAAAUGCUGUCCUUGGUCACAAUGCUAUGGAGGAUUCCAAUUCGGUGACUGGGCCGGUCAGUUGGGUGAUGGUCGAGUUGUUUCCCUUUGUGAAUUAACCAACCCAGAUACCAAAGAACGUUAUGAGAUCCAAGUAAAGGGCGUAGGACGUACUCCGUAUUCUCGCUUUGCCGAUGGAAUGGCUGUGGUACGCUCUAGCAUUCGUGAACAUUUGUGUUGUGAAGCUUUGCAUGCUCUCAACGUGCCGACGACGAGAUCUCUUGCUAUCUCUACCCUUGAUGGUGUCGCCGCUAUGCGUGAAACAGUCGAACCUUGUGCAAUCGUCUGUCGUAUGGCGCCCUCUUGGAUACGUAUUGGGACUUUUGAUCUCCCAGGGGUCAAUGGAAAUUUAGAAUCAAUACGCAAGCUAGCUGAUUACUGUUUGGACCACGUGCUUACAAAAGACUUUCAAGGACGAGGAGUCGGGAACCGUUAUGAGCAGCUUUUGCGUGAUGUUGCUUUCCGAAACGCGAAAAGUGUUGCAAAAUGGCAAGUUUAUGGGUUCAUGAACGGUGUUUUGAAUACAGACAAUACUAGUAUUCUGGGACUAUCUAUGGAUUUUGGUCCUUUUAGUUUUAUGGAUACUUACAAUCCAUCAUUUACACCCAACCAUGAUGAUGUUUUUUUGCGUUACUCAUAUCAGCGACAACCAUCGAUCAUUAUUUGGAAUCUGGCUAAACUAGCUUCAGCUUUGCUAGAGUUUAUAGGUGCAAAAGGCCAAGUCGAUGAUCCACAAUUUAUGGAAAAACUACACAACUCUCCUGAGUUGAUUUCGGAAGCUCACGAAUAUACGUUGCAGGUCUUUGAAAAUAUUGCGAAAGAGUUUUUGUCAAUCGUUCGGGAAGACUACUUUCAAUUGAUGACAGCUCGUUUGGGGCUACCUGACGAUGCUACUGCUCGAAAACAGGUUAUUGAUGCUCUUGAUAUUUUAGAAAAUUACGACCUAGAUUACCCGAACUUUUUCUCAUUUUUGACAAGAGUGAAGGUGGAAGAAGGCGAUAAUUCGUCGUCUGCGGAACGAUUGUUUGAUCUCUGCGUUAGUAGCUUCAAUAAAAACAAUCCCCGGUUCCGUAACGAAGCAAUUGGGAAGUUCGAAGGAUGGCUAGAUGCGUACCAUCAAUUAUGUGCUGAGAUCCCAGAGGUUACAAGGCUAAAUACUAUGAAAUCCGUAAACCCUCAUUUCACGUUGAGAAACUGGGUCCUUGAAGAAGUUAACAAAAAGGCUUAUGAGGGUGAUUUCGACUUAUUUCAUAAAGUUGCAAAGAUGACUGCUUCUCCUUUUGAGGAUUCAUGGGGAUUUUCAAAAGAUUUUGAAGAUACUUAUUGUUACAGUACAGGUCCUACGAAGAGUCAAAUCCAAUGCUCAUGUUCUAGUUGA